CCAACUCAGCCUCUUGCUUCUCCAACUCCCCAAACCCUAGCCUUGCUGCUUGUUGCGGCGGCGGCGGAGAUGGCCAAGUCUCUGCGAUCCAAGCGGGAGAAGCGGCUGCGGACGUUGCGCCGGGAGAUAGCGGAGCCCUUCUACGAUAAGAAGGAGGCCGCCAAGCUCGCCGCGCAGGCCGCCGCCCUUGCUGCUCCACCGCUCCAGGUCCGCGGCCCCCCGCCGUCGCAGGAUGCCGGCAGCUCCCGUGGCGCUAGCUCGGCCUCUGCUAUGGAUGUGGAGAUGUCUGAUGAAGGGAACAACAGGUCUAAAACCUUGUUGAAGCCACUUGGAACCAUUAGCAAGAAGAAAGUACAGCUCCAUUUGAAGAUCAAGAAAGACAAGAGAAAGGCUAGGAAGAAGGGGAAGUUUUCCUUUAAGAAGUAGAGGCGUAGAGUCUUAUUGUCUUAUAAAUCAUGCAGUUUUGUUUCCAGUUUGAACAAUCAAUGUAACGUCAGUCAUGUGCACCUAAGUCCAUUCUUGGGUCGCCUACUAAUAUUAUGAUGAAAUGAUGAGUAUGCAAAAAGAUAGUGGUGACCUAUCAGCUGUUUCUGUUUCACUGGUAUAAAUGUUAAGUACUGAAAUUGCUGAGAUUUUGUUUCA